GGACUGAGCAAGGAAGGCCCAGAGGGGUUGAACCUGCCGCCCAAGAUCCGCAUCCGCCGACAGCAGUACAAUGGGACAAAUCCAUUUUGACUUGGUGCUCUCAGAACGCAAGGACGGCGCGUCACGACUCACGAGCAGAGCCGAUCGAGAGCUGGACCCGAGCAGAGCGCAGCAGAGAGCCGGAGAGGAGCCCCCGGCCGCAGGAUUCCGAUUUCCGAGUUUGUUGUUUCCUCUUACCAGCCGAUCGGAAUCGAAUCGAAGAAGCCGAAUUGAAGAGCUUUUUUUCCUUGGCGUGCUAGAUUGGCUUCCUCGCCGCCGCCGGGAGACGGAGAAGAUGGGCUGCGGGGCGUCGUCCGCGUUGAAGCGGCACAAGCGCGCGCCGGGGUACGAGGAGCCCGCCGUCCUCGCUUCCGAGACCACAUUCACGGUGAACGAGGUGGAGGCGCUGUACGAGCUCUACAAGAAGCUCAGCUUCUCCAUCAUCAAAGACGGCCUCAUCCACAAGGAGGAGUUCCAGCUCGCCCUCUUCAGGAGCAGCAAAGGCGCAAAUCUCUUCGCGGACAGGGUGUUCGAUCUGUUUGAUCUGAAACGGAACGGGGUGAUCGAGUUCGGGGAGUUCGUGCGGUCCCUCAGUAUAUUCCACCCAAAAACGCCUGAUUCAGAGAAGACUGCGUUUGCAUUCAAAUUGUAUGACUUGAGAGGGACGGGUUACAUCGAGAAAGAAGAGCUCAAGGAGAUGGUCUUGGCACUUCUAGAUGAAUCGGAUUUGCGUCUGUCGGAUAGCGCCGUAGAGGCAAUCGUUGAUACUACGUUCAAUCAAGCAGACUCGAAUGGUGAUGGAAGGAUAGACCCCAAGGAGUGGGAGGAGUUUGUCAAGAAGAACCCUACAUCACUGAGGAACAUGUCACUUCCCUAUCUGCAGGACAUUACGACGGCCUUCCCGAGCUUUGUGAUGCAUUCAGAAGCCGAAGACUAUUCUGGGACUAGCAAAUAACCAGGCGGAAGGUAGCCUUGAACUAGCUUGUUGGAGGCACGUAGGGUGCAUCCAGAAGCGAGCUGCAACUGAAAACUAACAUCAGAUGAGACGCAGAAAGGGAAUCUGAAAGCUGAUGAUCAAGCAUCAGAUGAAAGGAAAUGUGAAGUGUGCAGAGGUUGCCAGCAAAGCCCGGAGCUGCGAAGCAGUGACUCUUUUGACUAACGUCAGGUGCUAGCUAAUGGGCUUUCGACCUUUCUGUUUUCUUGGAAGGAAUUUGUGUUCAAGCUUGAACGCAAAUGCCGGCUCUUUGAUUUUGCCAGGGUCGAGAGACUGUACAGGGUACAAUGGAACUUUUUUCCCUUCCUCUGUGUGUAUAAAUAAACAUCCUUCCAAAUAUUCCCUCAAAACAAAACAUCCUUCCAAAUAGAGAGAGGAACUUGGUGGUGACAAACAGCUGCAAUUAAUAUCGGUCUUCA